UGAGUUACCGCACACUGCAAACAAGUGGCGACAAGUGGAGAUUUCUGAUCGUUAAUAUAAGAUACUGUAUAGAGCUUACGUGGAGCUAAGAUCAAUGAGAGGAUAGUGUGGAUAGUACACGUUUCGUGGGAUAUAUAUGAACUUCUUUUUCUUCAUUUGCACAUUUUAGGACAUUUGACUGAUGACAUCACCAGAUCAAAUGAGACAAGACUAACCACCCCAUCACUGGCCCUUUAGACCUUUCCAGAAGGUCAAUCUGAAGGUCUAACUGGAGCAAAAAGAGACGCCUCCUGCGUCCUGCUCUGAACGGCCCCACCAUUUCCUGCUUGUGUUGGUCCCCGUGAGUGUUUCAAAACUGUUUCUCCAACGCUUUUUCCAGAAACUAAGACUGUUUUCCAAAGCAGAAACAGCACAGACCUCCCAGACUGAGGUGAUGGGAAGUGUGCGGGCCAACCGCUACAGCAUUGUGUCAUCAGAGGAGGACGGUAUGAAGUUGGCCACUGCUGCGGUACCAAACGGGUAUGGUAACGGGAAGGGCAAGGUCCACACCCGUCACCAGACCCAGAGCAGGUUCGUCAAGAAGGACGGACACUGCAACGUGCAGUUCAUCAACGUCAGCGAGAAGAGCCAGCGUUACCUAGCCGACAUCUUCACCACGUGCGUGGACAUUCGCUGGCGAUGGAUGUUUGUCAUUUUCUGCUUGGCGUUCCUGCUGUCCUGGCUGUUUUUUGGAUGUAUCUUCUGGCUGGUGGCCAUAUUUCACGGAGACCUGGACAACGGCAGCCCGAAGUGCGUUUCGAACGUAGGCACCUUCACGGCUGCGUUUCUCUUCUCCAUUGAGACGCAGACCACCAUUGGCUACGGCUAUCGCUACGUUACAGACGAGUGUCCCAUCGCUGUGUUUAUGGUGGUGUUCCAGAGCAUUGUAGGGUGCAUCAUCGAUGCCUUCAUCAUCGGUGCUGUCAUGGCAAAAAUGGCAAAGCCCAAAAAGAGGAACGAGACGCUGGUGUUUAGCCACAACGCUACAGUGGCAAUGAGGGACAGUAAACUGUGUCUGAUGUGGCGUGUGGGCAACUUGCGCAAAAGCCACUUGGUUGAAGCCCACGUUCGCGCUCAGCUCCUCAGGUCUCGCACCACAGCCGAGGGCGAGUUUAUUCCUCUUGACCAAAUGGACAUUGACGUCGGCUUUGACAGCGGCAUCGAUCGCAUCUUCCUUGUGUCGCCCAUCACCAUUGUCCACGAGAUCGACGAGGACAGUCCUUUCUAUGACAUGAGCAAACAAGAAAUGGAGAACUCUGACUUUGAAAUAGUCGUCAUCCUGGAAGGUAUGGUGGAAGCCACUGCGAUGACCACCCAGUGCCGCAGCUCCUACGUGGCCAGCGAGAUCCUCUGGGGACACCGCUUUGAACCUGUCCUCUUUGAGGAGAAAAACUAUUACAAAGUAGACUAUUCUCGCUUUCACAAAACCUAUGAAGUGCCCAGCACCCCCUUGUGCAGUGCGAGGGACCUUGCUGAGAAAAAAUAUAUCCUAUCCAACUCAAAUUCUUUUUGUUACGAGAAUGAGGUGGCCCUUUCAAACAAAGAGGAGAAAGAGGAAGGGAACGAAGAUAGCUUGGGCCCCGGGAGUACAAACACGGACAUCAGCUCGGACUCUGACCACAGCCAGGCCACCGUUCCUUUAGAAACGCGGCCUUUGAGACGGGAAUCAGAAAUAUGACUGUUCAGACUUUACGGAAAGGUUUAACAGACACCUCUUCAUACAGGCACAUUGUGCUGAACUGAGCCCUUCGGUGAGGCAGACUCAAGCUAACGGUACAGUUACGAGGAGGAUCCGACAUUGAAACUGUACUUACGAGUAUGCAUGGUUAAAUAAACACCGCAUAGAGGCACUGCAUAGCUAAUGAAGAAUGCACGUCAAAGUGAAGAGAGGGCAACACUACCUGUUAGAUUGUUGCUUUUGAAUGACAUGAGGAGAUGGGAGAUGUAACUGCUAGGCAAAACUUGAAAAUGAGCAAGCAUUGGUCCGUGUGCGUUUGUCCGAUCAAUCAGAUCAAUAUUUGAAUACAUCAGUCAUUCACACUUGCUGCUGCUAUGGAAGUUGACUCUUUUUCAGAUUGGCAUGGGAUUCAGUUUUGUCCAAUUGUAUAAGCAAUGCUUAAAAUGUUAUCAAUUUGAGAAAGGCGGGCCUUUAAAGAUGCAGGUGAAAACGCACACGACCGUGCCUGUUUAUUGCGAUACACCGGACAGGGUCUUUACAUCAGUAUCAGACAUCACAGUCACUUGUCCACAGGGACAAAUCGAGUGAAUGUGUUAUUGAAUGUCUACCUACAAGUGCUGCUAUGUUGCAUAUGAAAUAGAGUUUUAGACAUAAACCAAAGAGUAUUCAAAAUUAUCUUUCAUAAAGAAUCCAUCAAAUUCUUUAUAGACGUAUAUGAUGAUCGACAAGUCACAACACGGAGUACUAUAUAUAUAUAUAUUUGUGGAUUGAAAAUGUUUGCUUAUGCACAUAUAUGGUUUAUUUUAUCAAUUAUUUUCUUACUCGAAGCCAAAUGUGUAUAGGGCAAAAACAGAAUCUAAAAUAAAUCAAUUGGAAAUAAGAAAGCUACAGGUUAGCCCUUAUUUUCAAACAGAUAAUCCCUUAUUUUCCUCCCAUAACUUCAGUGUUACUGUAGUUUACGUGUUUAAGUUAAAACUAGGUUCUGUUUGCAUGGAUUUCACAUAUAUUCAUUUACAAACUGUGUGAGUGUAUACUGGACGUAAGGUUUGGGUUUGUACACGUUUUGAUGUAAAAGAGAAAAGGACAAAAAAAAACGAAUUCACUUUCUUGAUUCUCAUUACUUCUCAGUGAACUCUAACCUCUUGUCUUGCCUGACAAACUGCAAUACAGCCCUAAUGACUCAAUUGGCAGGUGUACUGAGAUCUGGGUAUGUAGGACUGGGUAAUGAGACUGAGAUCAUGGCACUGUGAUCCAAUGACAAUCAGAACACUGAAUCUGAGCUCAGAACCGCACUUGCACACGAAAUGUGCUCUUGUGAUGUCACUUUUUGAUAGUGAUAUCAAACCUGUAUCCUGUUUUCUACCUAAAGUAAUUCAAAGACGCCGCUAUAGAGCAUGUUCUCCUGAAAGCUCUAUAAAAGGAGAUAAUAAAUUGGGAAAUUUAUUUUUAAAUACUGCACGUUAUCUGGCUGUGUUAAAAAAGAGUGUACAUUGUUAUUAAUACAAUUUCAACCUUAGUCACACUUGAUGAACAGCCAAACAUGCCGUUAAUCUGGUGUGUAGCCUACCUGUGGGAAGCUAAUGCUCAUUUUAUUGACUGAAUGCAGCGUUUCUCUUUGUUGUAAAUAACCCCAUACAGUCGUUCUGUAUCAGUCUUCCCUAUUGUACUGAAAAUAAAACAAUGGAAUGUACAGAUUUUUAUAUUAUGAUUAAUAUUAUUGUUCUUAUUAUUAUUAUUAUUAUUGUAAUUAUUAUUGUACAUGCUAUUUUAUUUCCUUUUUCAAUAAAACGAGAUUGAAUGGUCAA